AAAGAUGUGUACAUUUAGUGAAUAAAUUGAUUUGUAAGUGAAUAAGAGCGUGAGCAGCCGGUAGGGGUGGGCCCAAGGCUAGCACAGAGACAACACACCAAGCCUGAGUCUGAGAGGUCAGAGCACAGGACACACCCAGCUGGCACGCACAUGACCACACGCCCAGGCUUCUCUCUUACCUGCUUUCUGGUCAGCCCUUCCUCCACCCUGACCAGGUUUGGCUGUGUCAUGUGCUAAACUGGGCUAACAAUUUCUCUCCGUGUGCCAGCUAACUGGAGUUAUUUAACACACCUGCAGCCACAGAACAAGGUCCAAGGCUAUGGGCGUUUGCACUGCUGACUCUGGGAGCCACAUAAAGCGAUCCCAGCACUGCAGAGAGCUCAGCCUGCGGGAGUGUGGCCAUGGCGCUGUGGGCCCCGGUGCUGGGAGCCCUGCUCCUGGUCCUUGUGGGAUGUCUGUGUCUGUCCAAGCUCCUCAGGCACCGCAGGCCAAGGGAGCCACCUCUGGACAGGGGUCUUGUGCCUUGGCUGGGCCAUGCUCUGGCUUUCCGGAAGGACAUGUUUGAAUUCCUGAAGGGAAUGCGAGCCAAGCACGGGGACGUGUUCACUGUGCAGCUGGGUGGCCAGUUCUUCACCUUCGUCCUGGACCCUCUCUCCUUUGGCCCCAUCAUUAAGAACACACAGAAAACUCUAGACUUCGUGAAGUAUGCAGAAGUUCUGGUGCUAAAGGUGUUCGGAUACCAGGCCUCCAGCCAGGACCACCACAUGAUUCACUCAGCCAGUACCAAGCAUCUGAUGGGACAAGGCUUGGAGAAUCUCAACAAGGCGAUGCUGGACAGCCUGUCCUUGGUGAUGCUAGGGCCCAAAGGCCCGAGUCUUCGCGCCAGCUGCUGGCAUGAAGACGGCCUCUUUCACUUCUGCUAUAGUGUCUUGUUCAAGGCCGGUUUCCUGAGCCUGUUUGGCUACAGUGCGGACAAGCAGCAGGAUUUGUGUGAGGCCGAUGAGCUGUUCAUGAAGUUCAGAAGGUUUGACCUUCUUUUCCCCAGGUUUGCCUACUCCCUGCUGGGGCCCCGGGAGUGGAAAGAAGUUGAGCAACUGCAGCAUUUUUUCCACCAGAGACUCUCUGUGGAACAGAACCUGGAGAAGGACGGUGUGAGUAAGUGGCUAGGCUCCAUGCUUCAGUUUCUGAAGGAGCAAGGAACAGCUGCCUCCAUGCAGAACAAAUUCAACUUCAUGAUGCUCUGGGCCUCCCAGGGGAACACGGGGCCAACCUGUUUCUGGGUGCUCAUGUUCCUGUUGAAGUAUCAGGACGCCAUGAAGGCUGUCCAAGAGGAAGCGGCCCGGGUCCUGGGUGAGGCCAGGCUAGAAGCCAAGCAGUCCUUCACCUUCAAGCUGGAUGCCCUGAAGUGCACCCCAGUGCUGGACAGUGUGAUGGAGGAGGCCCUGCGCCUGCGAGCCAGCCCCACACUCCUCAGAGAGGUACAAAAGGACUAUGUGCUGGAGAUGGCCAGUGGGCAGCAGUACGAGAUCCGGCGUGGGGAUAAGGUGGCCCUCUUCCCCUACUUGUCAGUGCACAUGGACCCUGACAUCCACCCCGAGCCCACGGCCUUCAAGUACGAUCGCUUCCUCAACCCCAACGGCACCCGGAAAGUGGACUUCUACAAGUCAGGCAAGAAGAUCCACCACUACUCCAUGCCCUGGGGCUCGGGCGUAUCCAUCUGCCCUGGCAGGUUCUUCGCCCUCAGUGAGAUGAAAAUCUUUAUCCUGCUCAUGCUGACAUACUUUGACUUUGAGCUAGUGGACCCUGACACACCUGUGCCCUCUGUUGACCCCAGGCGCUGGGGCUUCGGCACCACGCAGCCCAGCCAUGAGGUAUGCUUCCGCUACCGCCUGAAGCCCUCGAAGUGAGCUCGGGCCUGACCAGGCGCUGCAGGCCAGAGCAGCACUGAACACCCGUCCCUCCGGCUCUGGGACGCCCCUCCGUCUCCCUGGCAUCCCUGCUCCCUUGCCCUAGAUGUCUCCUAGGCUUGUCAUGCUCCCUGUAAGACGCCCUCCCCCCAGUGGUUUCUGCGUGAGCCCCCUCUCGGGACGAGCACCCGGGCCAGCUGAGUUUGUGCUGCCACUCCCCCAGGCUCCACUCUUCCUGGAGGACAGACUGGUUCCCAGGAUCAAACAGCACCCUGUGAAUUUUGCCUCCUGCCCACUUCACUCAAAGCCCUUACCCCACAUUGUCUGGGUUCAGACUCUGGAGAUGGUGCUCAAUGGAGUCAAGCCAUGUUAGCAACUGUUAACCCCUAGUGUGCCAAAAGCAAAGGAUUAAAGUUGAGGGUUGUUCUGUGGUAUGUUUCCCUUAGCCCAGAGUUUCCUGACAACUCACACAUCAACAAUUCCAGAGAGUCUCAGCAGGGGCUUUGCAUUCUUGUGGUGCUGGCAUCAGACUCUUCAGGGGUUUUGAGUGGUCUAAGCCAGAGUCUGCUGGUUCAGGAGCCAGGCCUGGAGAACUGGCACACUUCUGGAAGCCGUCUCAAGGCGCCUCCUCCGUGCCCCUGUCUCUUUCCUGCAUCUUUUCCUCAGGGUUCCUAGGAAGAGCCCUGGGGUGGUUUUCUCCACCCCAUGCCUUCCAUCUCCCUGUGGGCCACCCAGACCCUCAGGUAUGCUUGGUCUGUGCAAAACUCAGCAUCCGCCCCAUACUCAGGGCUUCCUUCCUGACCCCUGCCUCUUGGCUCGGGAGCCCUCUUCACUCCUGACCCAGAGCGGACACCAAAACCUCCCUUUCUCCCUCACAAUCAGGCCCGGUUCUGUGCACUCAAGCUCCAUAAGGCCUCUGAAUGGUUGCUUCCUGCUCUCCUCUGCUGCCUGUGGCCUCUGCUGCCUUUCCCACACACCAGGCCUGACAGCUUCACCCUUUGUUCACACAGCACCCAUUGCCCUUUCCAAAGCUGCCUUUGGCUGCCACCAUUCUUCUUCCUGGCCCACAGUCACCUUCACGCAGCUGUCAUUUGAGUGGCUUCAUCUCUCCCUGUUUUCUGCCAUGGAGCCGUCCCUAGAGCAGAGGCCCGAGUGCUCAGGGCCAGCUAUUCCCAGAAGCCCUCUCUGACUUACAUCUUCCCGUCCAGGACGAGCCCGGGGGGGGUGGGGGCUGCCCCAACAUUGUCUAUGCAGCCUAAGGUAUCUUUGCUGUCUUUGUCUUUGUUCUUCCUGCUCCAGGCCCGGACUCAAGCCCUUUAGGGCUCUUGCUUUGGAGGUUCUGAGGGGGGUGGAGGUGAGAGAGGCAGGAACGCAGAAAGGGACACAGCACUUCUGGGCUGGGCCAGUGUGCCCAGCUGUACCCUCGGGUCUCCAUCAGAGUAUGAUGACCUGUCCCCUCCUCUGCCCGCCAACCCUCUGAAUGUGCAUCACACGGUAGAAGCUUGGCCACCAGCCUUGACAGGUUUACUCUGCCCUCCCUGACCUCAGCGUCCUGGUACAGGAAACACAGGGUCCCGGGAGGAUAGGCCGCCUGGUGGUACGCCUGGCUGGCGCUAAGACAGGUUGGGAACAAGUGUGGGAAGGUGGGAUAGGGUCAGGCUUGUGCGCUGUGGAUCCAGAUGCCGGGUUCUGUGCCCCGAGAUCAGGAGGCGCUGUGUUGACUAAUAUGCUAUAAAGAGUAAUCCCCAAAGAUCCCUGAUUGGUUAAUAAAAGGCUGGAGCCUAUGACUGAGCAGAGAGGGGUGGAGUGAGGUGUCUCAGCAGGGACCAUGAAGGGAAGAAGGAAGAUGGGAAGAAGUGGGUAGACAAGAUGGACCAUGAGCACAUGGCAAACAGAGGUUGUGCUAUGGCUGUUAGUGUCGGUCUGACAGGGUGUAGACAGCUUGCACACGUGUGUGACAGACUUUGUGGAUAGACCUGCCCUAACUUAUGGACGGGGGUAGGAAGAAAUAAAGUGAGAAGUGAGCUGA